UUUAUUCAAUUGUGUGGAUUUACUAGAUUCGAGAAUUCAAUUGAGCGAUUUACUGAUUUUACGAAGUUUAUUAUAAUUUUCGCGUAAUACCAGUUUUUUAAGAAAGCGUUUGUAUAUAUAUACAAACAGCUACAAAUUUAUUAUCAUUAAAUUUAUCAGUGCUUUAUAUUAAUAUAAUUAUAUAAAAAUAAUAAAUCGUUAGUUUGCGGUCUUUAGUCAUCGGUAAUUGCUGGGUUUGCGAUUUUUAAUUGACACGAACUACAUUAUUUAAGAGAUAUUUACCAGGGUGUCCAGAAGUGUAUCCUAAAACAUAUAUCUAGUUAAUUCACGAUGUCGGACCAAGUCGAUGAAUACUUUGACGCAGCUCUUGAUUUGGUUAAAUCUGCAGGAAACCUUAUAAUAGAGUUUAGAAAUGGUUGCAAAUCCUAUGAACAGAAAUCUAGUGAUAUCGAUUUAGUCACUGAAGUAGAUAAAAAUGUAGAAAAGACUCUUAUGGAUGGUUUGUCAAAAAACUUUCCUACUCAUAAGUUUAUUGGAGAAGAAACAGUAUCUGAAGGCGGUCAGUGCGUUCUCAGUGACGACCCAACUUGGAUUAUUGAUCCCGUAGAUGGCACACUAAACUUCAUUCAUGGUUAUCCCCAAAGCUGUAUUUCAGUUGGUCUAGCUAUUAACAAAGAAUGUGUCGCUGGCAUUAUUUAUAACCCAGUCCUUGACCUUUUAUUUACUGCUAAAAAAGGUAAUGGUGCAUUUUUAAAUAAUAAGCCUAUACAUGUGUCACAAACUAAAGAGUUGAGUAAAGCAUUGGUAUCAUUUGAAGCAGGGACCUCUCGUGAUCCUGAAAGAUUGAGAGUUAUGUUUGAAAAUUUUAGAACUCUAGUAGAGAAGGGACAUGGUGUUAGGACAAUUGGCUCUGCUGCUAUGAACAUGGCAAAUGUGGCUUUAGGAGGGAGUGAUGCCUACUUUGAGUUUGGUAUUCAUGCAUGGGACAUAGCUGCGGGAGAUAUUAUUGUUCGUGAGGCAGGUGGAGUUUGCAUUGAUCCAGCAGGAGGACCUCUAGACCUUUUGUCUCGUAGGGUAUUAUGUGCUGCAACUGCUGAACUGGCUCAAGAACUAAGCAAGUCUUUACAGCAAUAUUACCCUGAGAGAGAUUAAUCUGGUUGAUACUAUAUUUUAUAUUACAUACAGAUCUAUUUUAAUGUACAACAUACAUGAUCUGUAUUUAUGCUAAAUGUUUUUGUAGUCUUAUAUUGCUAUAAUAUAGCAUGUUAAUUUUUUUAUAUUUUAAUUGUUUAUUUUUAUGAUAAAUAUUUAGUAAGUAGAUU